UUUUUAUUUGGCUUUCAUUUGACACCCAUGCAUGUGAUAAAUUUUUAGAAUUCAUAAUAUUUUUUUAUAACUAUUUUCCUCAAAAUUCUAUAAUAUUUACAAAUUUAAAUACUAAUAAUAUUUAAAUACGUAUUACCCACAAAAUCCAUCCACAGCGUAAGGAACCCAUUACUAUCAUGGGUAAUAAUUCAGAAUUAACCAAAAAGUGUUUUUGUGCGAGGUGCUUUCUGCCUAUUGAUGCGGAUGAUAAAGUUUUUAUAGAAGGACAAAAUUUUCAUAGGAUGUGCAGUAUGUGUUGUAUAUGCAGAACCACACCUACGUCGCUGAAAUCGUUUUACGGCCAGAUGUUCUGCAAUGAGUGUUUCAAAACGCACGUCAUCAGCCACUUCCGGUCAGAUUCGCCGAGGAUUCCAAUGUGCAACUGGUGGAUGCAUGGAGGCACCGGCUGCAUACCUCAGGAGCCUGCGCAGGAGAAGAAGGAAGAAUGUGCAGCAUCUGAAAACGCAAAUGGAGCGACAAAAGACGAGCAAUGCAAGAAAUGUUUUUGCGCUCGAUGCCUUCGCAUGGUGGAGCCAAGCAAGCUGGUCGCGAUCGGCGGACAAACAUUCCACCCGCAAUGCGCACGGUGCUGCUGCUGCCAGACAGUUCCAACACAGUCUCUGAAAAUCUACUACGGUCAAGUCUUCUGCGAGGAAUGCUUCCAGCGACAUGUCAUGAACAGGGAUAAGGACCACCAGUCUGAGUUCUUCAAAACCUGCUUUGAGCAAUGGCAGAACCCGGCGUUUGCGGAGCAGAUGAACAGCUUCAUGAAGGGAAACGGCAGCUCUCCCCUCAUCUUCAUGAUGCAGCAGGGUCCCUCCGCCCACUGCCGUUGUGGCGCCCAGACCCAGGACUGGACUAAGGGCAAUGAGCCUAAGAAAUGUGCGUAGAGUUGAACACCAAAAAUUUUCACAGCUGCGAUCCCGGAGGCAACUAAUGAAGAUUCCUGGGACCUCUCAUUCGAAUACCGCACAGACGCUUCCACUGAAUUUCAUCCCGAAAGCCACACGCCUGAUGAAUCGGCCAAUAAAGAUGAAACUGUAGAUGUGGCAGAAAAAAUUGAAAAGCUGACAAAAUUACUACAAGAGACCACAGCAUUAAAUGGUGAAAAAUGCAAUAAAAAAUGGAAAAAAAUCUUCAGAAUGCCCAGUAGCAGUUCUACAGUCAAAGAUUGUGAAGAUGAAGACUGCUGGGUAAAUGUGCAGCCCAGUAACACCAGAGAGCAGCAGGACUGCCCAAAAUAUUUGUGGCAAUGUGGAGUAAUUUAUGUGAAUCGUUAAGAUAGUACCAGAAAAAGUGGUGUGUUAUUGUGAAAAUUGCUUUGUUCAAUAAACAUGUGGUGUCAUUAUUUAA